AUGGUUAGUGAAAAAACUAGAAAUAUGAGGGAAUUAGAAGCAGCACUUGGACUUCUAAAACUAAGUGGAUUUCAAAUGAAUAGAUACUGUGCAGGAAAGCAGAUGAGAAAGACAAGGUUGCAGACAUGUGUUCUGAACAAAAUAUUCGAGAUAUCUAAAUUUCCUUCCUCGAAAACAAUAAUUGAUCUUGCACUGCUUAUUAAUGUCCAUCCAAAGUCUAUCCAGAAAUGGUUUCAGAAUACAAGACAGGCUAUAAGGAAGAAAGGAUGUGUAAAGGGGGUUCUUUCUUUGUCUGAUCCUGAGGAGCACAGUGCCAUGGACAUUCCCCUUGGCGUUCUGGCAGAUAUAGUCGAGAUGGAGAAGCGGGCUGUUUUAAGAUUUGGACUAGAGUGA